AGCAUGAUAGGGAAACCAGAGAACCCCCUGCUGUCAAAUGAUGGAGAUAUUAUUAUUGGUGGAGCUUUUUCAAUUCACAAUAAAAUUAAUUUGGAAAUACCUUCAUUCACUGAAAAACCUCAUCGUCUAAUGUGCACCAGCCUAAACCUGAGAGAAUUCCGCUUUGCUCAGACGAUGAUCUUUGCCAUUAAGGAAAUUAACAACAUGAGCAGCUUGCUACCAAACAUUUCAAUUGGAUACAAAAUAUUUGACAGCUGUGGUUCAACCCUUGCCUCUAUGAGGUCUUCGAUGUCUCUGAUAAAUGGUCAGGAGGUGACAGCGGAACAAACCUGCUUUGGAAAAACCGCAGUGAAUGCAAUUAUUGGAGAAUCUGAAUCUUCCUCCACCAUUGUGCUGUCUAGAGCAACGGGGCCCUUCAGGAUUCCUGUGAUCAGUCAUUUUGCUACCUGUGCUUGCCUGAGCAACAGAAACCAGUUCCCUUCUUUCUUCAGGACCAUUCCCAGUGAUCGCUACCAAAGCAGAGCGCUGGCCCAGCUGGUAAAACAUUUUGGCUGGACAUGGGUCGGAGCAGUGAGAAGUGAUAAUGACUAUGGAAACAAUGGCAUGGCAACUUUUGUAGAGGUAGCUGAACGUGAGGGAGUAUGUGUAGAGUAUUCAGAGGCCAUACUGAGAACAAACUCCAAAGAAAAGAUUGCAAAUGUUGUUGAAGUGAUCAAAUCGGGCACUGCUAAGGUUCUGGUGGCUUUUCUGGCACAAGGUGAAAUGGAUGUGUUACUGGAGGAGAUUAUCAAACAAAAUGUAACUGAACUGCAAUGGGUAGGCAGCGAGUCGUGGAUUACAGCAAGAUACCUGGCAACUGAAAGAGUUUCCAAAAUCCUUGCUGGCGCACUUGGCUUUACUAUCGGAAAAUCAAAUAUUCCAGGCCUGAAAAAGUUUAUCCUUAAUGUCAAGCCAUCUCAGGACCCUUUAAAUACGCUUUUGAGAGAAUUCUGGGAGAUGACAUUCGAUUGCCAACUCUCUCCCACAAUCAGCCCCCAAACUGAGUAUGAUAAGUAUUGCGAUGGAUCCGAAAAUCUGAGUAAUGUUAGUAAUGCAUUCACAGAUGUUUCAGAGCUAAGGAUUUCCAAUAAUGUAUACAAAGCAGUCUAUGCCAUAGCUCAUGCACUGCACGACACACUGGCUUGCAAAUCCUCAAAUGGUGCACCUAAUAACACAUGUGGAAAAAAGGAUUUAAUGCUUUCUAGACAAGUACUACAGUCCCUUCAAAAUGUGAAUUUCACAAUGCCCUCAGGUGAGAGAAUAUCCUUUGACAAAAACGGAGACCCUACUGCAAGAUAUGAGCUGGUGAACUGGCAGAAAAAUGAAGCAGGGGAAACAAGUUUUAUCACUGUGGGUCACUAUGAUGCGUCGCGACCCAAAGAACAGCAGUUAUUGAUGAAUUCUGUUGAUAUAGGUUGGGCAAGAGAGAGACAAAUGAAACCAAGAUCUGUGUGCACUGAGAGCUGUCAGCCAGGUUUCAGACAAGCUGUGAUCAAAGGAAGACCAAUAUGCUGCUUUGAAUGUGUCAGAUGCCCUUCUGGUGAAAUCAGCUUUACAACUGAUUCUGCUGAAUGCAUCAAAUGCCCUCUAGAGUUCUGGUCAAAUGAAAACCAGAGCAUGUGCGUUCUCAAGAAAGUGGAGUUCCUUUCAUUUGAGGAAAACAUGGGAAUACUUUUGACUGCAUUCUCGUUGACCGGUGUAUCUUUAACUAUAGCUGUUGCAAUUGUGUUUUACCACUUCAUGGACACACCUCUUGUGAAGGCCAGCAAUACAGAGCUGAGCUUCCUGCUGCUCUUCUCAUUGACUCUGUGUUUUCUCUGUUCACUUACUUUCAUUGGUCGCCCCACUGAGUGGUCCUGUAUGUUACGUCACACAGCGUUUGGAAUCACUUUUGCCCUUUGUAUGUCAUGUGUUUUAGCAAGAACAAUAGCAGUUGUGAUGGCCUUUAGAGCCACUGUACCUGGUACAAGUGUUCCUCAAUGCUCACUGCCCUUACAAAGAACUGGUGUCGUCUGUUGCACUCUUUUUCAAAUAAUCAUAUGUAUCCUGUGGCUGGUGUUAGCACCUCCCAAACCAUAUAAAAAUAUUGCACAUUCAGCUGAUAAAAUAAUACUUGAAUGUGAUCUAGGGUCUACUGUUGGUUUCUGGGCUGUACUAGGUUAUAUCGGCUUACUGGCUGUGUGGUGCUUCAUUCUGGCUUUUUUAGCUCGAAAGCUGCCUGAUAAUUUCAAUGAAGCUAAAUUCAUCACAUUUAGUUUGCUCAUAUUCUGUGCUGUGUGGAUCACAUUUAUUCCAGCGUAUGUCAGUUCUCCUGGAAAACUUACUGUAGCUGUGGAGAUAUUUGCAAUUUUAGCCUCUAGCUUUGGUUUGUUAUUCUGUAUUUUUACACCAAAAUGCUAUAUUAUCAUACUUAAGCCAGAAAAAAACACCAAGAAACAUAUGAUGGGCAAAGGUCAUGAUAAAUCACACUAG